ACGUCAGACGUUGGGGGGAGGAGGAGGUAAACCGCAGUGACACCGUCCUGUCUGUCUCUCUCCGUCUCUCUGCCUGUCUGUCUGUCUGUCUCAUCACACCGAUCAUCUUCGACCCGCCGGAUCGAUACACCGACACUGAUCGUUGUUAAACUGAAUAUUAAAGCAGCGGCGGGAGGCUCGUACCGUCAUAGCGGGGACAUCGCGCGCCGUCUGAGCCCACACCGACCUCCGUCUUCAUCCUCUUCAUCAUCAUGUCCGGCACCAAGGAGGGAGACCGCAAAGGCUCGAGCGAGUGGCGGGAAAUGUUCUGGAACCCGCGAACUCACGAGCUGCUGGGCCGAACCGCCUCGAGCUGGGGUCUGAUCCUGCUCUUCUACCUGGUCUUCUACCUGUUUCUGGCGGGUAUGUUUGUUCUCACCAUGUACAUCAUGCUGCUGACGCUCGACGACUACAAACCCACCUGGCAGGACCGCCUGGCCACUCCAGGGAUGAUGAUUCGUCCAAAGGGCGACCAGCUGGAGAUCAGGUUCUCGGUCUCGGACACUGAGAGCUGGGACGGCUUCAUCCACAACCUCAACACCUUCCUCUCUCCAUACAACGACAGCUAUCAGGUUCAGACCAACGAUAACUGCCCUCCAGAUCAAUACUUCAUUCAAGAGGACAGUGGAGAGGUCAGGAACAAUCCCAAGCGUUCCUGUCAGUUUAAUCGGACGAUGUUGGAGGAGUGUUCUGGGAUUUCGGAUCGUUUCUAUGGUUACAGCAGAGGUCAGCCCUGCAUCCUCAUCAAACUGAACCGGGUGAUUGGUAUGUUGCCGGGGAAGGAUGGGCAGUCUCCUUAUGUCACCUGUGGAGCCAAGAGGGAGGACAGUGAUAAGAUCGGACCGCUGGCGUAUUAUCCUCCUAAUGGAACCUUCAACCUCAUGUACUACCCGUACUACGGCAAGAGGGCUCAGGUGAACUACACUCAGCCGCUGGUGGCCGUGAAGUUCCUGAACGCCUCUGUGAACACAGACAUCAGCAUCGAGUGUAAAAUCAGCUCCAACACGCUCGCCGACGGCAGCGAGAGAGACAAGUUCGCCGGCCGGGUUUCCUUCAAACUACGAAUCAACGACAAAUAGACGCACACGCAUUAAAGCUGCACUAACCCCGAUGCUUAAAUGAAAUCUCCCCGUCCCGUCUCCCUGUUAGAGCCUCGAACGCACCAGCUGUGUUUCCGUGGCUACGGAGAAUCCUCGCAUUCAUGAUGCGUUCACUGACCGUCUGAAUUAUGUGUCACCUUUAGUUAGUCUGUUUUCUCUGAAAUGAUCCUCAGUGCAGCUUUAACUCAAACACACUGACCCUGAAACCGACCAAUCAGCACGCACACACGCUGUGAUGUCACUGCCCCUGAGGAUGGACCGUAGAGCGACAGACGGCAGGAGGAUCUUCACCGCCGUCAUCGUAUCAAUCUGCAUCAAUCAGACCAAAUUAUUGAUCUUAAAGCUGAUGUGUUUACUGAUCAACGAGUUAUUUAUUUAUUUAUUUAUUUAUUAUUUGUUUAUUUAUUGAUUUGGGAUAUUGAUGAUAACUUUGUUUUUUUUAUACAUUAUUAAUUAUUAAUAUCAGUUUGACUUCUGAUUGGUUUCUGUAAAUGUAGCAACAGUAAGACUGGCUCUGAUUGGCUGUUCAGAAACCGUUACAGGUUCCCACAAAAUCUGGUUUUAUUAGUCAGUUCAGAAACUAAAUUACAAGAAACCAGAAACCAGUUCAGGAACUAGAUCCCACACCACAAUAGAAACAACUCCAGAAACUGUAGACCACGUCAGACCAGAAACCAGUUCAGAAGCACAACUAGUUACAGAAAAGUUAAAUCAUUCGCAGAUUAGUUAAUAACUGAAGCAGCAUAGUUACUAAAGACGUGAGGAACCAGAACAGAACUAUCAGAAACCAGAACAGGAACCAGUUCAGACAUCAGAUCAGAAACCAGAACAGGAACCAGAACAGAACUAUCAGAAACCAGAACAGGAACCAGUUCAGACAUCAGAUCAGAAACCAGAACAGGAACCAGUUCAGACAUCAGAUCAGAAACCAGAACAGGAACCAGUUCAGACAUCAGAUCUUAAACCAGAUCACAAACCAGUUCAGAAAUUAGGCCGUGUCGUUGCCGUGGAAGCGGCUGAAUCCAAGCCAAUGGGAUGCUGGCUUAAGUAACCACGGCAACAGUAUUGGUGUCAUAUCUUAUUUUUCUGUCUCUUUUGUCGUUGUUGCCGCAGCAGAACGGCUCGUUAGUUAAUUAGAUAAUUAAUUAGUGAAAAACACGAGUUAGUGAAUUUAGUCAGUGGGUUAGUUAACGAGUUAGGAAGUCGUUAAUGUUAUGUGUUUUUUGUUUACUGUUGAUUUGUUUACGUGUUUGUUUUGUUUACUAUCGUCAUGGGGCUGAGCAUGACAACUGUUACCAUGACAAUCAGUCUCCUCACCUGUCAAUCACUCUAUCAUGCCACGUGGAAACGCCCCUCCUCACCUGUGCUGCUCUCCACCAGUCGUCUUCCUUUAAAGAGUGACCAGCCAAUCAGAUGGUCCUGCUGUAUGAUGUCAUUUGAUACUUGUUUGUGAUUGGUUGAUUUCCCCUGCCUGAAAAUGUCCUUGUGUUUAACAGACAAUUAAAAAACUAAUAAAAUUAAACUAAAAACUACAAAAAA